GAUGAUGAAGAUGAGCUCCUCCCCUCCCGGUGAGCAGUUUCAGGUUCCGAGUCUCUCUGAAGGACUGACUCCAGACAGUCAUGGACACGGACAGCUAGAGACACACAGCUAACCCAACCAGCUGACUGAAAACUGACUGACAGCUGAGGAAGUGUCGCUCGUGUCAGGAUGGGCUGCGCGAUCUCAGGAUCCGGGUUGACACCGAGAACAGCAGAGAGCAGAACCACUGAGCACGAGAGUCCGGCGCGGCUCACCCCGCGUCACAUACACCUGAUCAAGGAGUCCUGGAAAGUCAUCCAGGAGGACAUCGCCAAAGUGGGAAUAAUCAUGUUUGUCAGGUUGUUUGAAACCCAUCCGGAGUGUAAAGACGUCUUCUUCCUCUUUCGGGACGUGGAGGAUCUGGAGAGGUUACGGACCAGCAGGGAGCUCCGUGCCCACGGCCUGCGAGUGAUGUCGUUCAUCGAGAAGAGCGUGGCCCGACUCGAUCAGCUGGAGCGGCUGGAGACUCUGGCGCUGGAGCUGGGCAAGAGCCACUACCGCUACAACGCGCCGCCCAAGUAUUACGGGUAUGUGGGAGCGGAGUUCAUCUGUGCUGUUCAGCCCAUCCUGAAGGACAAAUGGACGGCAGAACUGGAGCAGGCGUGGAAGACUCUGUUCCAGUACGUCACCGGGAUCAUGAAGGAAGGUUAUCUGGAAGAAGAGCGAACCAAACGCAACCUCAUGCUGACGACGUCCACCAAAGAAAGACCGGACAAGAGAAACACCAUGAUUUAAACGGCCG